UCAGUGUAUACAUAAACUUAUUAGAGCAUUUUAAGCAAAUUUAAGCAGUAAGUUGGUUUAGUACUACUUGUUCUUACUAAGUUGGUUAAAAAAGAAUUUUAUUAUGAAAUUAUUCAUUGCAAGUAUCAUAUUAUUAGUUGUUUUACAAAAAUGUGAAAAGGUAUUGACCAACUCUAAUAAUCUCGAUGACGCAACAGUAUUACCGGAUGAACCAAAAAAUUGUCUGAUAUGUCUUGAAGAAGUAAAAGUAAUUGAUUGUAAACAUCCAUGUUGUUCUGGGACAUUCCAUCAAAAAUGUUUAAAUGAUUGGUUAAGUUAUGGAGUAAUUUCAUGUCCAAAUUGCAAAGGAAAUCCACUUGAAGGUAUUCGCAUUUGCUUUAAGUGUAGACUAACUAAAAAUGAUGAUGAGUUGGUAAACAAGAAAUGUUGCGAUAAAGAUUUAUGUAAAAAUUGUUUUAAUAAAAUGAAAACUGAAUGUUUUUGCGGAAAAGACUUAAUUGAAGUUACUAUUUUCGAACCAAUCCGUUUAUGUACGAAGUGUGAAUCGCAACAAGGAAUCUACACUUAUUCAUCUCGAUGCCCUCAAAUUUUUUGUGAGAAAUGUUUUAAAGUCCUAUAUAGAGAAUCAAAGGGAUAUUGUCCUUAUUGUGGUGAAAAAAAAUUGAAGAAAUCAUUUUCAUGUUUUUCUUAAGUGUAAAUAACUGAAUAAAUACAACUAUGACUAUCUAAAUUAAAAUAUACCAGAUUGUUUCAUUAUUAUUAAAAUAUGUUAUCGUUAAAUAAGAAAAUAGCAUAACAUCAAUUACUUGAACAAGGUGUGUGAUUAUGUACAAUUAUGUCCAAAUGAUGACAUCACUAAUACUCAUGUAAAUGACACAGCUAAUUUAUUUGUUAAAUAUAUUUUUUCGUUGUCCUCUUCUA